AUGCCUGCUCAGGAGCAUCCUGAAGGGUCGAAUACAGCCGCGGGAGCUUCAACAGACGGCAGCGGCGAAUACGUGCGGCUGCACAUCACACCGCUCGACUCGGAGCUCUUCAACAUCAUCAUCCCGGCCUCGGUCCUUCCCGCCGCCCGCAACGUCUCGUACCACACAAUCGACACAUUUCCCGAGAAGCGAUACGGUUUCGUGGAGCUGCCAGAGACGCACGCUGAGAAGCUCAAAAAGAAGCUGAAUGGGUCCGUGCUGAGAGGCAGCAAGAUUCGCAUCGAGAAGGCCCGGCCAGCGAAGCAAAUGGAGCCCCCGGCUCCGACAGAGAUGCCGGUGAAGAAGAGAAAGAAGCCCGCCGAUGGGCUGGAAGCGCCGAAGAAGCGGAAACGCGACGUAGACGUCGUGGAGGGCGUUACGCUUCGAGACCGAAAGGUCAAGCGUGGAUGGACCGAGUCAGUGGAAGAGAAGAAGAAGAACAAGAAGAACAAGGACAAGGAGAGCAGGGACAAGGCAGAGAAACGGAAGCGACCGAAAUCCAAAUACACAGACCAAGAGGAGUGCCUGCUCAAGGUCAAGAUGCCACCCAACGCCAUGGCGAAUUUGCCGCAGGAGGCACACAAGAAGAAGAGGAAGAGGGGCAACACGCGCGAAGUCACCGUUCAUGAAUUCGAGAAAACGACAAAGUUCCCGAGCUUCCUGAAGACCUCUGUGCCAGAGUCAGGGGGGAAAACGGCCAUUGACUACGUGGAAGGAAAAGGCUGGGUUGACGAGGACGGCAACGUCGUCGAAGAGGUCAAGGUAAAGGCCAAGCGCACGCUCGCCAAUGCCCCGGCGGCGAAACAGAAGGCUGUCGAAGCGGAACAGGAGACAGGAAGCGAGGAGGAUGACGACGACGACAGCACCAGCAGUAGUGGAUCCUCAUCUGAGGAGGACGAUGAUUCUGAAGUUGGAGUGCCGGGCAAGAAUCAAGAGUCUACAUCAGACCUUGACCCGAAAGCUCGACUCAAGUCAGGGUCAAGCUCCGAAGCGCCGUCGGAUUCAGGCAGCGAGGAUGAGGACGACAGCCCCCCCGCCGGACCGGCGACGACCGAGAGGCUCAUCCAGGCAACGCUGGUGACUUCAGCCAAGACCGAAAUCGGGAGACCCCAGUCUUCCAGCUCGUCGAAGAGCCUCACCAUCAAGAUACCACCACCGGGAACGCCUGCUGCGCAGGUUCAUCCGCUGGAAGCCUUGUAUAAGCGACAUAAGCCCGCCGACGACACUGCCGAGGCGCCUUCCGCUGCCGAGCCGUUCAGCUUCUUUAGCGGAGGGAACGAUGAGGACAUCGAGGAGGAGGAGGAGCAGGAUCAUCAAGGCGAUCGACCAGCCGCUAUUCCGAUGACGCCGUUCACGAAGCAAGACUUCGAGCGACGAAACAUUCGCAGCGCGGCACCCACGCCAGACACGGCCCAUCCUUCGCGCGCGAAGAACUUCUGGGCUCCAGCUGAGGACGACGAAGAGCCGGAAGACAUUGCGGAUGGGGACGAGGACGAACAUGCAGCGGGGCCGACCGAGAAGAGCGACUUUCAAACCUGGUUCUGGGAAAACCGUGGAGAUCUCAACAGGUCUUGGAUGACGCGCAGGAAGAUGGCGUCCAAGGAGAAAAGACAUCGAGAGAACAAAGCCAGGGCAUCUAAGGCUAUAUAG